AUGGAGCACAAUUUACAGGCAGCGUCAACCUAUGUCAACAAUAUCUUGCUGGCUCGGGGCCUGCUGAGAGGUGGCCGGGCUAUUGAUUUCGCCGAUCCUGAAAAUGAAGAGGGAGGGACCGACGGUACCAUGGCCCGAGUGAUUAACUUGGUGAAUGAUCUGGUGCUGAGGAGAGACCGCGAAGCUGAGCACCGCGAGAGCUUAGCGACGACUAUUCGCACGUUGCAGGCGAGCGAGUCGGAGCAGACCGUGGAGAUUGGAAAACUCAAGACGAAAUCAGCAGACUUGACCCGCUCGCUAGCGCUGGCAGAGGCGCAGGAACGAUCACUCAAGUCCAAUCUUUCCAGCGCCGAAGCUACGAUCCGAGGAUUCAAAGAACAAAUCCAGCGCAUGAAGAGUACGGUUCAGCAAGUGCGCGCGCAAUGCGCCAACGAUAUUCGCAAACGGGAUUUGGAAAUGCAGAAGCUAAAGUCGCAUUUGGACGAGAGACGGAGGGGAAAGCGAGAGGGUCUGACUGUCACCACAAUCAACAUCAACCCUGCAGCCGAUCGAUCACGACUUGGGGCUAGCGGUGGAGAUCGAGUCAAUGAUCCGGGGUACAGCUUGAAACAGGAGACGACUGACUUUUUAACGGAGCUGUGUCAGAAUCUCAGCGACGAGAAUGAUACAUUAAUUGAGCUUGCACGGAGCACUGUCCAUACCCUGAAGGACCUACAAGGGAUUCCACAGCAUGACCAGGGGAAGAAUGAGAAUGAACAGGCGAGUAUGGGUGCAAGUGUGGGACCGAACAAGUCUUCGGGGCCUGUUACUUCACUUCCAACUUCCUGUGAAGAGCUGUCUGUUCAUAUGGAAACAGUAUUGGAUCAUCUGCGGACACUCCUUACAAACCCCUCUUUCGUGCCUCUUGAAGAAGUUGAGACGAGAGAUGAAGAGAUCAAGCGGCUGCGGGAAGGCUGGGUAAAGAUGGAAAGCCGCUGGAAACAGGCGGUUACUAUGAUGGGGGGUUGGCAGCGUCGCCUUGCAGAUGGUGGAGACUCCAUCCGGCCCGAAGAAUUGAAGCGCGGCAUGAACCUCGAUCUCAGCAUUAACUCGAACGAGGACAGUAUGCAAAGCAUGUCAGAGUCCAACCCCAUCCCGACAAUUUUGGAAGACCAAGGCGAGGAAGACAUGAGUGAUUCCGAGCAGAAAGCACCAGAGCCCGAAAUGGCCCAACCACCGAAGACCAGGUCUAAGAUUCGCAAAGUACCCGAGCGACCAGACCGAGCUUUAAGGGAGCGGAGUGAAAAUGCAAUGACAAAACGUCCCCGAAAGGUCUCUUUCACACCAGGCCUACAAGGCUCACCAUGCGUUUCCACCCCGGAAGACGACACGUUACCAAUCAAAGCAUACAAAACCGAGUCUGUCACGCAGAGAUCCUCCAGACGAAAGACCGAAACAAAAGACACCCGUCAGCCCAAUGCCAACGAAUCACAAAUGAGCGUUCACGAAAAGCUAGCCGCGGUCGAAGACGAAGCACGCGCAGCUCAAAAUGAACGCAAGGAGCGCGAAUCAAGAAAGAGGAGCCGUCCAGAGAAGGCCCGGCCAGCGAACCGGCGUCGUAGUACCCUCACAACUGACGAGCUCGAUGAUCUGAUGGGCGUAGCCCGGUAA